GCCUGGUGCCGGCGGCCGAAGCGACAGCGCCCCCGGGAAGCAGAGGAGGAAGGAGAGAAGAGGUGGAGGCGAUCGUAGGCUGAGUCGCGGCCGGGAUGUCCGGGCAGCCGCCGCAGCCGUCGCCGCAACAGCAGCAGCAACAGCAGCAGCUGCCGCCACCGCCGCCGGCGGCCGUGGCCCCGGUCUCCGGAGUCGUUCUCCCGGCGCCCUCGGCCGUCAGCGCCGGCUCCUCUCCCGCCGGCUCCCCCGGUGGCGGCGCGGGGGGCGGCUUGGGGGCCGCGGCGGCCGCCCUGCUCCUCCACCCACCGCCGCCACCGCCGCCACCCCCGGCCACUGCCGCCCCGCCGCCGCCACCGCCACCCCCGCCGCCUGCCUCUGUCGUCGCCCCCGCCAGCGCGCCCCCCGCGCCCCCGGGUCUCACAGCGGGCCCGGGCUCGGCCGGAGGCGCCCCAGCCCUGGCGGGCAGCAGCGCCGCGGCCCCCUUCCUGCACGGGGAUUCGGCCCUGAACGAGCAGGAGAAGGAGCUGCAGCGGCGGCUCAAACGCCUCUACCCGGCGGUGGACGAACAGGAGACGCCGCUGCCUCGGUCCUGGAGCCCGAAGGACAAGUUCAGUUACAUCGGCCUCUCUCAGAACAACCUGCGGGUGCACUACAAAGGUCAUGGCAAAACCCCAAAAGAUGCAGCAUCAGUUCGUGCCACACAUCCGAUACCAGCAGCCUGUGGGAUUUAUUAUUUUGAAGUAAAAAUUGUCAGUAAGGGAAGAGAUGGAGAGAGCGGAAGGGAGGAGGAAGGAGAGGGAGAGAAACACCAAUGUGAGAGAGGAACAUCGAAGGGUUGCCUCUCAUACACCUCUCAUACACACCCCAAUCAGGAACCGAACCCGCAACCUAGUUACAUGGGAAUUGGUCUCUCUGCUCAAGGCGUGAACAUGAAUAGACUACCAGGCUGGGAUAAGCAUUCAUAUGGUUAUCAUGGGGAUGACGGACAUUCAUUUUGUUCUUCUGGAACGGGACAACCUUAUGGACCAACGUUUACGACUGGUGAUGUCAUUGGUUGUUGUGUUAACCUUAUCAACAAUACCUGCUUCUACACCAAGAAUGGACAUAGUUUAGGUAUUGCCUUCACUGACCUACCGCCAAACUUAUAUCCCACUGUUGGGCUCCAGACACCAGGAGAGGUCGUUGAUGCCAAUUUUGGGCAGCAUCCUUUUGUGUUUGAUAUAGAAGACUACAUGCGGGAGUGGAGAACCAAAAUACAGGCACAGAUAGACCGGUUUCCUAUUGGAGAUCGAGAAGGAGAGUGGCAGACCAUGAUACAAAAAAUGGUUUCAUCUUACUUAGUCCAUCAUGGGUACUGUGCCACAGCAGAGGCCUUUGCCAGAUCUACAGACCAGACCGUUCUAGAAGAGUUGGCUUCCAUUAAGAAUAGACAAAGAAUUCAGAAAUUGGUAUUAGCAGGAAGAAUGGGAGAAGCCAUUGAAACAACACAACAGUUGUACCCAAGUUUACUUGAAAGAAAUCCUAAUCUUCUUUUCACAUUAAAAGUGCGUCAGUUUAUAGAAAUGGUGAAUGGUACAGAUAGUGAAGUACGAUGUUUGGGAGGCCGAAGUCCAAAAUCUCAAGACAGUUAUCCUGUUAGUCCUCGACCUUUUAGUAGUCCAAGUAUGAGCCCCAGCCAUGGAAUGAAUAUCCACAAUUUAGCAUCUGGCAAAGGGAGUACUGCACAUUUUUCUGGUUUUGAAAGUUGUAGUAAUGGUAUAAUAUCAAAUAAAGCACAUCAAUCAUAUUGCCAUAGUAAACACCAGUCAUCUAAUUUGAAUGUACCAGAACUGAACAGUAUAAACAUGUCAAGAUCACAGCAAGUUAAUAACUUCACCAGUAAUGAUGUAGACAUGGAAACAGAUCACUACUCCAAUGGAGUUGGAGAAACUUCAUCCAAUGGUUUCCUAAAUGGUAGCUCUAAACAUGACCACGAAAUGGAAGAUUGUGACACCGAAAUGGAAGUUGAUUCAAGUCAGUUAAGACGCCAGCUGUGUGGAGGAAGUCAGGCCGCCAUAGAAAGAAUGAUUCACUUUGGAAGGGAGCUACAAGCGAUGAGUGAACAGCUGAGGAGAGAAUGUGGCAAGAACACAGCAAAUAAAAAAAUGUUGAAGGAUGCAUUCAGUUUACUAGCAUAUUCAGAUCCUUGGAACAGCCCUGUUGGAAAUCAACUUGACCCAAUUCAGAGAGAACCUGUGUGCUCAGCUCUUAACAGUGCAAUAUUAGAAACCCACAAUCUGCCAAAGCAACCUCCACUUGCUCUAGCAAUGGGACAGGCCACACAAUGUCUAGGACUGAUGGCUCGAUCAGGAAUUGGAUCCUGUGCAUUUGCCACAGUGGAAGACUACCUACAUUAGCUAUGCAUUUAAGGAGCUCACACUUAUAUUGUGGCAUAUAGUCAACAUGGAAGUAGACCAGCUCUGCUGAUUUGAAAUUUAGAUUUUUUUAAUUAUGUACUGGGGACAGGUUUUUGUCGCUUUACAUUGCUUCCUAGUUUACAGCAUGAUGCAAAUGAUUUUCUAACUUAGUGUUAGGAGAAAUUAUUUUCCAUCUUUAACCUCUUAGAUAUCUAAGAGUUAAAUAUUACCGAAUCUCAGAUGUUUGAAUUUAUCAUCACAAAUCCUUUAAAACAAUUACCUAAAAGAAACCAAAAAAAUCCUGCCUUCUUUGUUGGGGGGAGAGCGGGGAAGGAAAUGGAACAAGUUGUGUUGUGUUAGCAUGUGGGUGAUGUAAACUUCAAAUUGGGAGAUGUUCCAACCCCCCACUCCCAUUUAAGCAUUCAAUCAGUGUAACUUGCAAAAUGCAUAAACAUCCGACAGUUUGAAUUUAUAGUGUUGAUGGAAGAAAUCAUUUUUAAUGUGUACUGUAAAACUUGAAAUACUCAGGAGCUGAGUGAAUACGUUUGUUGCUACUUACAAUCCCAACCUGUUAGUCCCAGUAGUUUUGUUUUAACAUGGUCUUUUCAACUUUGUUUCCUGUUUAACAACCAACGACUUCUGUUGUAGACUCACAAGUUUAACUUGUAUUAUAACAGUAUUAUAUGUCAA